GACACGGCAUCCGCAAACCGCACGUGGCCCCCCAAUUUUCCGAACCGGAGGAAAGGUGGUUCCUUCCUCUCAACGCUUUCUCUCUCUCAGCCUGUGAUUCUUGUCUGUAAUUUUCCCAGUGAUCAAGGUAUAAGCUGCUCUAAGCCAUUAUUUUCAAUUCAUUUUUAUCUCCUGCUCCUUCUCGUGUAUUGCCGAAAAUAUCGAUAAAAAAAAAAAAAAAAACUCCUUUUCUCCUACUCAUUCCUAACCACACCGUAUUUACCGUAAACAACCCAACCCACCAUCGCCUCUUCCCAACCUACCGUCAGAAUUCGCUGCCGGACACUGCCCACCACCACCGUAUUUCAGUGAUUUCGCGUUCGAAACAGUAGGAUAUGCCAACGCCAAUUGAAGUUUCAUUGGUUUGAGCCCUUCCUCUUCAAUCGAAGGUCUUGCAUAGAGCAAAAACGUAUGCGGGUCAAUAAAUUUGUGGAACUUCUUGAAUACUGAGUGGUUCUCCCAUGGACGAAUCAUCCCGUUACACUUCAAAGCUUGAAUGGAUUUGGGUCAUUGAAGCCCUUGCAAGCUUCAAGGAAGUCGACAUUUCUAUUUUACACGAUUUGAUUGAAAUUGCUCCAGAAUUACCGCAUAAUUUGGGGAGAAACAUGAGGGAAAUGUUGGCUUUAAGAUGUUUGGAGGGUUUAUUUGGUCCCAGUAAUGGAAUCACCAAUGCUUCUUGUUCUGCCCCGGCUUCAAAAGUAUGUUUUGAUUUUUCAAAAAGCUGUGAAGAUGUUCUCCAACACAUAGUGCACGAGACAUCACCAUCAGAUCUUAGAACGGCUGGACCAGAGCUGUUAAAAUGGGAUGUUCGCCCCUUUAUUAUCCAUAAAAGAGCUUGUAUGCCUAAACUUGCCUUACAACAGCUGAAAGAUUCAAUCCUUGAUGGUAGUCAUCCAUAUACUGAUUGCUUGAAGGAAAAGAGUGGAUUGGCAUUUACAAAUGCAAUACUUACGGAAAGUGAUCCACAUGAUGGAAAUUUAUUGCCCUCUAAGAGGAAAAAGAAUGCACUGGCUACUGAAAACAUGGUUGGAGACUUACAUGAACACCAAAAUAUUUUAAAUGAUUGUGGUGAUCCUUAUAUAAAUGCCAAGAAGCAGAAGCAAAGUACCUCUUCAUCGAGUCAGUCCAUAGAAGAGAACUCAGUUCCUGUACGUGGGACUGAACUGUUAGAACAUUUAUCUGAAAGCGAUAUUCCAGUUGUUCAUCAAGAAGGUUGUAACUUGGCUAAAGAUCAGAUAGGAACUCUGGAAGAAGGCAGGGUUACAGGGGAUGUUAAUGAUGAGUAUACUGCCUCAAUGAGAUGUGGGCACAGCUUCGAUGAUGAAUUGCAUUGUAUUCAAUCGGAGAUUCCUGAUUCUGCCACUACGAUGCAUCCAGAUACAUGUGGAGAUGAACCUCAUCAAAAUAUCUCUGUUGACGAAGACAAAGAUGAUAGUGAGCAUUGUGCUGAACGGAGAACAUUAACUGGUUCUCUCCCUCCUUAUGGUGCCACUAUGAUGGGUCAAGACACAUCCAUAGAUAAGCCUUGUCAAAAGAACUCUAUUGAUGCAGUCAGAGAUGGUAGUGAGCAACAUGCUGAACCUAGAACUUCAAGUGGUCCUCUCCUGGAAAAGACUCGAGAAAAUGAAUCUCAAUGUAACUUUGAACAUGAUGUUGUACUAAAAGCACCACAUGCUGCAUCCCUGGAUGGAGCCCAGCAGAAGAUCAUUGAUUAUGAAGCUGAAGAGGAUAUGGAUCGCUGUUGUGAAGCAGGGACAUCAAGUGAUAGUGAUGGGUAUCACAAGGAUCACAUUGAUGUCUCCAUGAAAAAACAUGAUUUCUUGAGCUCUCAGUGCACAUUUAGUCAUGAUUCGUUAGCUGGUUGGACAGACACAAAUUUGUGUGUGAAGUGUAAUGAAGGCGGUCAGUUGUUAGUAUGCAACACAAGUCAUUGCCCAUUGGUGGUUCAUGAGAUCUGUUUGGGUUCGUCUCCCAGAUUUGACAACAGUGGUAACUUUUACUGCCCGUUCUGUGCUUAUUCACUUGCUAUUUCAGAGUACCUUGAAGCUAAGAAAAAGUCCUCCUUGGCAAGGAAAGAACUAAGUAAGUUUGUUCGUAUGGGUUUGGAGCAUCAGCAAAAGGAAGUUCUAGAGAGAUUGCACAGAGAAAAGCAUAAUCUUUCAAGACAAAAUGAAGACGAGGAUCCUCUCGUCAAAAGUCAUGAGAAUGGGUACUUGGAAGAGAGAGUAAGUGAUCAAACAGAUAAUGACGGGGGACAUGUAAAUGAGGUCAAUAACCUUUAUUUCCGUGGAAGUAUAGAUCAUGAGCAACAAGCAGAACCUUCUGCAUCAUGUGAUAAUGUCCCUUCAUCAGUUAGAGAGGAAGAGGCAACUGUAAUUAAUGGGACGCUAAAUGUAUUAACUAAAGAGAAAGAAGGGGAAGAAAAGGUGAUCCAACCUGUAAGCGUGCUUGAAGGACACCACCAACAAGCAGCUGACCAUGAGUGUGGUGGUGAUAAUUUAUCCUGUAGGAACACAGAUGUUAUUCCUGUCAAUCAAAGACUCGUGGAAGAAGGGAUUCAGCAGGAAGUUUUAGAGCAACAGGUUGCUGAUCCAACAGUGGAACCUGUUUGCGCACUUGAUAUAUAUGCAGAGGACACUUCUGAAGAUGAAAAAAAUAAGUCUAUCAUUUCUAAUUACUCCAUAAGAGUCCGGAGGCAAGAGACGCAUUAUAAACACCCAGUAAGUCCUCAGCCGAGGCGAAACAAGGUUCCAUGGACAGCCGAGGAGGAAGUGAUACUAAAGGAGGGAAUGCGGAAAUUUUCAAAUGCCAAUGACAGAAUGAUUCCAUGGAAGAAGAUUUUAGAAUUUGGUAGCGAUGUGUUUCUGAGUAGUCGUACAACAAUAGACCUCAAGGAUAAAUGGAGGAACAUGUGCAAAUGAAGCCCGAAUAUGGUGAACAUGCUUUGAUUGUUUUUUUGUUUUUUGGGUAAAGUUUUGGAUGGAACAUAUUUUUAGCAAUGAUAAUGAAGUUCUACACUUUGUAUGUUAUCAGUCAUUUCGGGUACGAAACAGUAGGAUAUGCCGACACCAAUUGAAGGUAUCAUGUUGUACUGCUUAUUCUGUAUACUUUUUGCAUAUAUGAGCUUUAGGAUCUCAUGUUGGGAUAUUAGUUUCAUUGGUUUGACCCCUUCCUCUUCAAUCGAAGGUCUCGCACAGAGCAAAAACGUGUGCGGGUCAAUAAAUUUGUGGUUUGUGGAACUUCUUGAAUACUGAGUGGUUCUCCCAUGGACGAAUCAUCCUGUUACAGUUCAAA